UUUAUUUAAAAUAUAAUUGUGUAGAGAGUUACCAAAAUUUUUGUAAAACAAUUAGUGUUGGUAUUAAGUAGUGCUAAAGAAAAUCAAAAAUUAUGUAUUUCUUGCUAAUAAUCGCUUCAAUAUUACCAUUUUGUCUGGGUGGAUGUUUAAAUCCAGACGUGGUUCAACAUUUUAAUGUUCCUGCGUAUUUAGGAAAGUGGUAUGAACAAGAAAAGUAUCCACAAAUUUUUCAAGUAGGUGGCAGAUGUACUACUGCAGAAUACUCAUUAAACGAUGAUGGUACCGUUCACGUUUUAAAUACUGAGCAGAUUAUUGGUGAUUCUACGUCGUCUAUUGAAGGAACUGCCAAACUCGUUGGUCAAAAUGGUGAAGCUAAAUUGGACUUUAGUAUUGAUCUGAAAAUUGUCUCUCCACAUGCUCCUUAUUGGGUUGUUGAUACCGAUUAUACAAGCUACGCACUUGUAUGGUCUUGCCAAGAACUUUUCGGUGUUCCUGUCUCAAGCACUGCUUGGAUUCUAACAAGAGAACAAAAUCCACCUCAAAGCUUAAUCAAUCAAGCCUACGCCAAACUUGAGGCACAAGGCAUCGAUACAAAUAAGUUAAAGAAAACCGAUCAAACAAAUUGUGAUUAAACCAUUUUUUUUUGGAACGAAAUUAAUAAAUAAAGCAAACUAAUUAAAAAC